ACACCUGCCUCUCUGCCGGAGGCUACUCUCACUUAGGAAAGAGGAAGUUGAGGAACUAAAUCGCCUAGCAUUUCCAUUUACUCAUGCCGCCCGGUUUUUCCCAGGUGCACUGAUAAAUAGAGCUAUCAGACAGAACGAUGGACAGUCACAGCAAAGCAGAUCCCCUCACUACCGGUCAGCGCGAGGACGCAGAGACAGACAGGAUGAUGGACAUGAAACAGAUUCUCAUCUUUGGACUUUUCCUCGUGCCCGUGUGGACGUCCAGGUGUUAUGAAGAGCGCGAGCUGGCCGGGGCAGCAGAGCGGAAGUUACAGAAUCGCUACCCGCAGCCCGCGGACCCCUCAACCACCGUCACAUCCGGCUCACCUGCCUCCUGCCCGGUGGAGCUGUACCAAACACAGCCGCCCCCCCGGGAGUACAGCGGCAGGUCCCUCUCCCCCUGGAGAUACAUACACGUAACAAAGGAGGACCACUUUCCCACCACUUAUGCCGAGGCUCAGUGCCUGUGUUCCGGAUGCAUCCUCUUCCAGGACAACUCGCAGCUCCCGGAACACAGCCUCAGCUACAACUCAGUCCCCUUAACGCAGAAAAGGGUGUUUCUCAAGAGGGAGCUCUGCAGCGGGAAUGACGACGUGAAGAGAUACCAGCUGAAGCCGGUUAAUGUGGAAGUAGCUGUGGGCUGUACCUGCGUCAGAGUCAACUACAGUUAAUGUUGUGUUUGUUUUAAAAUGCACCAAGUUCUCUGGAAAAAAAAGUCUUAACUCAGGGGUGUGGAGUGCUACAGGGUGGCUCAGUGGGCUCGCUGGUCCAGCUGGGCACCCACAUCCGAUACCCUUGGGAUUUUGUAUGAGGGCUUCAAAAGUCAUAUUCACAUCAGCCUUUUUUGUAGGCCUAUUUAUUGUCACAAUGACAUUAUAAUAAUUUAUGAUGUGUGUUUUAUAGGUCUCUGCAUAGUGCAGGUAUUUUAUCACGUACUUCUUUUCAUACUGAUGGCUUUGUCAUCGAAGAAAAUAGCUAUUGUAUAGUUUUGUAAAAUAAUAAUUUAACUGCUAAUAAUAUUAUAAUUAUCUAUUUAUUUGGUCUGUUUUGCAUUUGAAAUGUUUGAGCAUUUGAAAGCUUUAGAAUGCUCAUGAGUGGAUGAGGAAGACUUUUUGUAUUUAUCUUAUGUUGGAUAUCUUGUAGAUUUGUCCCAGUGGGACUUAAGUGUAAGAGCUUCUUUGAAGCAAAAUAAAGAAACCUUGGAUUUUAAAGAAAACAAA